GUAGAGCCUGCGCGUGUACUUCUCCAAAAAGUACAAACGAAAUGACUAAAAUGGAUAUUGUUCAACGCUCUAUUACCCUUAGUAGACGUACAAAAGGCUUUUACAUAGUCACCAGUGAACUCACCAGUAAGCUGCCCGAAAUCAAGAAUUUCUCAAUGGGAACUUUGAACUUGUUUAUUCAGCAUACAUCUGCUGCCCUCACUAUUAACGAGAACUGGGACUCAGAUACUCGUGAGGAUUUGAGAGAUAUUAUGGACAAGGUCGUUCCUGAGUCUCAUAGUUACCGUCACAACGCUGAGGGUUUGGACGACAUGCCUGCCCAUGCGAAGUCUAGUUUAAUUGGACCCAGCCUUACCAUUCCUAUUUCUAAUGGACAACUCAACUUGGGCACUUGGCAAGAUAUUCAACUUGCGGAAUUCCGCAGAUCACCUCACUCUCGUACAAUUGUUUGUACUAUCCAAGGCUUAAGAUCAUAAAUGGUAAUCUGGUAUGAAAUGAUGAGCUAUAAAAUUUGUGAAUGAAAUAAAAUUUUGCUUCGAGUCAACGUUUAUUUACCUAAUAAAAACCAUUGGAAAAAAAAAAGAAAAAUACAUUAGCAGUAUAUGUAUUAAGAACUAAUCCAUGAGAUGCCGAGAGUUUGGAGAUUUUGCCGCUUAUAUUUCGUAAGCAUACGAAGAAAAAAAACCUUCCAUGCGUAGCUUAUUUUCUGUCUGGUCCAUUUAUUUCAUUAUGGCCCAUGAAAACGCGUGGAAUUUCGUCUUGUAACGACAGUUCAUCGGCACAGAAGCCGUCGCGCAUGGUUAAUUUAUAGGGAUACAAAAUCUUGGGUUCACCCCGUUGAAUGGUCGUUUUGAGAAUUUCAUUCUCAACUUCAAUUAGAGUACAUGUCAGCAAAUCAACCAUAGGUUCGGAUGCAGGCAUUUUGAGAAUAUAUUCCUUGUUAACAGAUCCAUAAUUCGUAAUGAAGGUAAUGACUGGCCCUUUGUACAUUAGCAUAAGGUUAUCACCCACAGGAAUGGCAUGUGUACGGGUACGAAUCCAGUCCUCGCCGUCUUCAGAAUUGAUUAAAUCUCUGCGAAUUUUAUUCACUUUCGCUGUGUACUUGUACAGAGGGCCUUCGGUAUGGUAUCCAGUAAUCCACAUCGCUGGACGAUUGAUGGGAUCGUGAGAUCCAUCUAGCAUUUGUUCUUGCCCGUAAAAUACAAUCGGAAUACCAUCCGACAUGAGAUUUAGUGUCAUGGCAUUUUUUAGUACAUUAAAGUCAUUGUUGAGAGCUGCCAAUCUGGGUGCAUCUUGAGAUUCGAGGAAAAGACCUAAAAGAGUGCUGUCGAUACAAUGGUGUGCUACAAGGUUCAUCGCUAUUGCAGUUUUUCUUAAAGCCCUAUCAUUGACUGGAAUUACGGCUUCCGAAGCUACACCUUGUACAGGAAAGUUGUGUAAACCGUCCAUAAAACCUUGCCAUUCACAAAAAGCUGCUGCUUCCCCAGUCCACUCUUCUCCUUGACAGUAAACACCUGCUGCUUCGCAAAAUCCCGGCCAGAAUGUUUGACGAACGUGCUUUGCAGCGUCAAUACGUAACCCAUCAAUUUUGAAUUUUUUAACGUGGUCGUGAAUGAAAUUGUACAAUGUUUCAAUAAUGAACGGAUUCUCUGUAUCCACGUCAGGUAAGGUCACAUCUUCUGUGCCGAUCCAGCAUUGUUCCAAAGAUAAAGGAUCACUUUGGAUAAUUGGACACAUGGGAUGAUAGUGCUCUUCUUUAUUAAAAGGACUAUACAUUGAAAAGUCGAUGUUUCUUGUAUCGGGGGCAGCGACAUGGUUUACCACUGUAUCUACCAUUAGAUACAUUCCUCGUUCAUGUAAAGCAUCUGCUAGAUCGAUCAAAUCCUCUUCAGUACCAAAGUGAUGGUUCAAAGUAAGAAGAUCCUGCGGCCAAUAUCCGUGAUAAGCUUCACCAUACUUAGUUCUGCCUUCAAUAUUCUUAAUAACGGGUGAAAUCCAAAUAGCUGUGAAUCCCAGAUUCUGAAUGUAAUCAAGUUUAUUGAUGAUUCCCCUCCAGUUUCCACCGCAAUAGCUACGAUCCUCGGGAUUGCAAUCCACAGACUCGGUGGUUGCAAACCGAUCUGUUAGCAAUGAAUAAAUCGACUGCUUUCUCCAUCCGUGUUUGUCUAAAGCAUGGAUGGGGAUUACCCCUAAAAGUAAUGAAAGCACUUUGAAAGUCUUUAACAACAUUUUAUGGUGCCUCAUUCUUAAAGGUAGUUGCUCCAGAGAAAAGUGUUUAUGCCAUGCCUGUAUAAAUAGCUGGUUUGUUUACAUAUGUUAGAUUCAGGAUUUUGGGAUAAACAUAGCAAAAACAAACAACAAACGAAAAUUAAAUUUAAUAAAACACUAUUACUCAUAUAUACCCAGGUUCAAUUGACUUUUCUUGGUAUUAAAAGCUUAAUUAACAAGAACGCUCAGAAUAACCCAG